GCAGAGCAUACAUGCUGGAAAAGAAGAGUGGGAGAAUCCCUUUUCGGUGAUGGACUAUAAAACCACGAUCAACUGAUUGAUGGAUCGUAGUGUCUUUUUCGCGUGUAAACUCGGAACUCGACCCUACCGAAGAAAUCGUGCGGCGCCAAUCAAUUUUGUUAUCAACAUGACGCACUCGCACAGCAUGAAGAGGGUAUCCGUUAUAUCCAUCUCGGAGAAAAUGAAGAUACCGGCAACAAAACCCGAAGCCUGGUUCGGAUGUAGACAUGUGCAAAUCUCUUUGCUGGCCUUCGGUUUUCUAUGUUGUUACGCCGUUCGAGUUACCACGUCCGUGACACUGGAAGCAAUGACGAAUGCCUCCACUGCGAAUCCUGACUUUGAAGAAUUCGAAUGGAACAAUUCAACGAAAGACAUCAUCUUGAGCUCCUUCUUCUGGGGUUACGUGUGCACGCAACUCGUUGGAAGCAUAAUUGCCCGCCGUUGGGGAGCUCAGAAGCUGUUCUCUCUCGCGCUGUUCAUCUGCGGUUUAGUAACCCUUCUCGUGCCAGCAGCAGCGAAGUACGCUGGUUGGGAAUCGGUAUGCGUUACGAGAGUAAUUGCAGGAUUCUGUCAGGGCACCGUGCUUCCCUGUCUUCACACGCUGCUUUCCAAAUGGGUGCCCACGGAAGAGCGGGGUCGAAUGUCGACGUUCGUCUACGCUGGCGGUUGGAUCGGGAACGUCAUCUGUUUGCUCAGUUCGGGCCUACUGUCGGUUUCAUCUGCAGGCUGGCCCAGCUGUUUCUACGUUUGGGGUGGCAUCACCAUCGUGUCCGGUUCGCUCGCCUUCUUCGUUUGCAAGGAAUCGCCGGCCGAGCAUCCGAACAUACCACAGGACGAGAAAGAAUACAUCGAGACUAGUCUUGGAGUAACGGAAACUGAGGAGAAAUUACCCACACCAUGGCGAGCAAUGUUUACCAGCCUUCCUAUGUGGGCAUUGAUGGUGACGCAGAGCGCUCAUAAUUGGGGCUUUUGGAUGCUGCUAACGAAAAUUCCGUCAUACAUGGCGUCCGUCUUGGGCUAUGACAUCAAACAGAAUGGCAUGCUGACGGCGCUACCGUAUCUGACCGCAUGGAUUCUCAGUUUUCCGGUCAGCUAUUUCUCGGACCUUCUCAUCAGAAAGGGCGUCAUUUCGGUUGGAACCUCGAGGAAGAUUUGCAAUUCGAUCGGUCAAUGGAUCCCGGCGAUAGCAUUGAUCGCUCUCGGAUACGUUGAGAAAGAGCACCCUGAAAUAGCAGUGGCUCUUCUGAUACUCGCUGUAGCUAGCAACGUUUUCGUUUACUGCGGGCACAACGUGAACCACAUGGAUCUCAGCCCGAACUUUGCCGGCACUCUAAUGGGCAUCACGAACACGGUUGCGAAUGUUUGCAGCAUUUUGGCGCCAUUGGUUGCGAGCAUAGUCGUCACGGAACCGUCGGACGUGUCGCAAUGGAGGAACAUAUUCUUCUUGUCAGCCAUAAUCUACUUCCUUGGAAAUCUUCUGUUCGUUCUGUUCGGCACGAGCAAAAUUCAGAAAUGGAACGAUCCCAUAACGGAAAGCAAAGGCACUGCUUUGAAAUCGGCAAGACAGGCAUCCGUGGAAAAUGGAUACACGGAAAAGGUAAAAGCGAUCGAAAGUAUGGAAGUAGAAUGAUAUUAAUAAUCGUAUCGCCAUGACAUCGAGAGAUUAUUUCCAUUUGAUGAAUAAAUACGUACACACAAAACCAUAACGGCUGUAACGUACGUAGAAUCAUAGAAUAAACAAACUUUGAAUGAACAAACUCUUCGGCACGAAUCGUACCAAUUUAUCUGCGACGCGAGUGAUCAUCGAGGGUGUUUAAGUCACGAUAGCGGUGUGUAAGUCACGAUUUCGAAAGUGUUGAAACGAAACCCUUGUUAGUAAACGAGAACGUUCUUUGUUUCAAACAACGAAGGAAAUAUACCUUAUACCAUCGCUCUGAUCCCCUCGAUUGUUUGCACAACUAUUAUUUUUGUAAAUUACGUAUGUUCGCUUUAUUGACAGCAGCUAGGGAGUAUUGUGAGAUUGAUAGCAGGCAAAGUUCAAGAGGAAAUACCACUUUAAUACGGUGAUUAGAAUUUAUCGUUCGUGUGUUUAUAAUCAGCGUUAAGAAUGAAAUGCAUGUGUCUAGUACUGUAACGUAUGGCGUUUACCGUUUGAAUGUAAGUGACGAUAGUUUUUGCCUGUUUGUACAUAAACGUUUGCGUGAGUGCGUUAUACACGGUAUUUAUUGUAAAUAUAUAAUAAUUUAUUUAUUAUCGUAUUCUUAUUAAAAUAUUAUAUCGAUAGUAUUACAAUAAAUUUAAUCUCGCUAUUAAUUACCAUGGUCCAUUUUACGAAAGGGUCCCCCAUCCUUCGAACCGUGAAAAUCGUUGCAAUAUAUGUUUCGAUUUUUAACUUCUUUUAUCCGAGCCCGUAACGAAAAUGUAAAAAAUGUAUCUUGUAGAUCUCGAUAACUUAUGUGUUAACUAUAAGCGAUAACUCUAUUGACACGAGCUGUAAGCAAUUAAAGAUCGCUAAAAUCGUCCUUUGAAAAGGCGUUAACGUGCUUCCCGAGGCGACUGAAUAUGUUGAUAAAGCGCCUUCCCACUUGGCAAACGCGAAAUUGAGGUCACAUUUUAACCUUCGAAUGUUACCUUGUUUUUGCAAUCAAUGGAUCAAGCUGUCCUAGAGAUAUUCAGGAGAAAUUGUAACAGAUUGUUAACAUUGCACAUUCUACAACAUGACGACCUUAUAGUAUCAUUGAAAUUAGUUAAUACGACAGAAGUCAUUCAUAUGUAUGCCCAUAUGUGGAAUAAGGUACAGUUACAGGUAGGCAGGUACAAUUGUGAAGGUACAGUCGAGUCACGUGUAAUCGCAUAUAAAUUAUGUACAAUCGUGCAAUUAGGCGUACCGGUUAAUUAAAAUACAUAUAAAAAUACAUACAAUACUUGCUCGCAUACCAUGUGUCGCGUGUAACAUUACUAUUUCUAAUCUCUAACUUCGAAGUACAGCAAUAUCACCGAUACGUCUUACCUAUUUCAUACAUUAUCAAUUUUUAAAAAAUUUCGAUAUACAAGUUUAGAAAACCUUAUCUUUUGCAGAGAAACAUUCCGCGUUACUAGAUUAUGAUAUUCUCGAUUUUAUUUAAACCUGUUCAAAUUGUCAAUAAACGAUAAAAGUCCA